AUGGCUUUGGAUAGGCUCAAGCAACGGUUCGACAACCCAACGUUGAUUUUUUUGGAAGGCAGUGCCUCACUGUUCUCAUUACCGGCACUGGAAAGGUCGCACGCUCAACAGCUGCGCAGUUUAGUAGACAAGGCAUCGGCAAUUUUUAGCUCCUUGGAGUCAGUGGGAACGUUUGCAAACAUCGCACAAGCAUUAUUAAUUAACAUUGUGAUGGGCAAGUGUGAUCAGCAAACCAGAAACAAAUGGAACGAGUCUCUGGACUACAAGUCGCUUCCAACUUGGUCACAGUGCACUCAAGUCAUGGAACGACAUUGUCAGUUCUUGCACUCAUGCGAGUCAUCGUCACAACGAAAACCCGAGUCUGGUAAGCAAAAUCGCGCAAGCAAUCGCAUGCAAAAUUCGUCAUUUGCUAUCACUAACUCUAAUUGUGUUCUUUGUUCCAGUUCCAACUAUAAACUCGUCGGUUGCUUGAGGUUUAAGAAGAUGAACACAAAUCAACGCUUUGAUCUCAUCAAGAAGCACGAUCUAUGCAUCAACUGCCUAGGCAAUGGUCAUAUAAUGAUUCAAUGUCCAUCCAAGAAUCGCUGCCGCUGUUGCAAUCGAGCACACCACACGUUGUUACAUCAUGAGAAUGCAUCUCAAACCACUCAAAGAACUCCAGUGGCAGGUCCCGCAUUCCAGCCUUCGGGGUCUACUCAACCUACAUGGCAGACUUCAUCUCAAGAAUCGACAGCAACCCACUCGCACAUGGGUGCAUCGGAAGGUGGUCAGGUGAUUCUUGCAACGGCUAUGAUCCUGGUCAAGGACGCUACGGGUACGUAUAAGUUGGGCGGAGCCCUCCUAGAUUCAUGCUCUCAACUCAAUUUCAUCACUGAUGAUUUCGCGCAAAAACUACGCCUUCGUCGUGAGAAACAUAAUGUGGGCGUUCGAAGCAUUGGAGACUCGCUAACCAGUCUUAAGGCGCGUACGACCACGACCAUCAAAUCGCACACUUCAGCCUUUCAACUGUCACUUCAAUUCGGAAUCACGUCGCACAUAGCAUACCAGCCAGAUGCCGAGAUCGACACGUCCGGUUGGAGCUUGCCAGCCAAUACCAAAUUAGCAGACGAGAUGUUUUUUAAGCCCCGGCGCAUAGAUCUGUUGUUAGGAACAGAGGCCUUCUUUGAUGCUCUUGCUGUUGGCCAAAUUCGACUGGAUCCCAAUUUACCGACGCUUCAGAAGACAUUGUUUGGUUGGGUCGUCUCUGGUAGGUUUCGAGGUGAUUAUAACGUGACGUCAUCAUCUUGUCUGCUGUCAAAUGAAACCUCAAUCGACGAGAAUUUGCAGCACCUAUGGCAACUGGAAGCCAUCGACACGUCACCAAAACCAACUCAGCCAGACUAUCGAAUUUGUGAAGAGCAUUUCACAAAAACAACUCAUCAAGACCACACUGGUCGAAUUACUGUAAGUCUGCCAUUUAAAGACAACCCAAUUUGUCUCGGAUAUUCCUUCGAUAUCGCUCGUCGGCGAUUCCUUGCGCUUGAGAGACGUCUUUUACGUUCGCCCGAAAUCCGUCCGCAGUACAUUGCCCUCAUGGAAGAGUACGAAAGUCUUGGCCACAUGUCAGUAGUAGCACACCCCAACUUGAAAGUGCCACACUACUAUAUGCCACAUCACUGCGUGCUUAAACCUAACAGCACGUCAACCAAAUUGCGAGUAGUGUUUGAUGCCUCGUGCCGCACCUCAACACAAACAUCAUUGAACGAUCAUUUGUUAGUGGGGACCAUAGUUCAACAAGAUUUAUACAUGCUUCUAUUACGUUUUCGUCUGUAUCGUUUCGCCAUCACCGCAGAUAUCACUAAAAUGUACAGGCAAUUUCAAUACAUACUUUGGCGAGCUUCCCCAGCUUAA